AUGUACGAUGUCACAGACCGCUCCUCUCUCUUCGCCAUCGUCUCACCAGUCCCACCGUACAUAUACUUCCGCCCCAACGACGUUCGCCCCAACAUGCUGCCCUCGCCUCUCUCCGAAACGCGCCCCUGGGAAUCACCGGCGGUGGUACCUUUGGAUCAGCUGGGAGCGGGCGUGAGAAAGUACGAGGCCUGGUGCAGGAACACAGAGCCUCCCAACGCGUGGCAAUCGUGGGGCAUCCCCAUCCUCAUCACCCUCUUCGCCCUCCUCCUCGUGCUGCUCGUGGUGGUGGCGGCUCGGAUUCAGCGAGCCCAGUUCUUCCAGACGCAGCAGCAGAUGGCAGUUGCAGACAAACUGAGGAAGGAAGCAGAGGAUGCAGAGGCAUCAAAGAGCAUGUUUGUGGCGUGCAUGUCUCACGAGCUCCGGACACCGAUGAUGGGGAUCGUUGGCAUGCUCGAUGCUCUAGCAGACAGGAGUCUCCAACCCCCUCAGCUAUCAGACCUCCUCACUGCACGAGGGUGUGCAAUGGAUGCACUGCAUCUGGUCAACCGCGUGUUGGACCUGGCGAAGCUGGAGGCAGGCAAGGCGGUGGUGGAUGAGACGGUGAUUGACGUGCGGGAGUGGCUUGAUGCAGCAUUGGGCUGGCACGCAGAGGAGGCGCGCUCCAAAGGCAUUGCGUUUUGCGGCAGUGUGGACGACGGUGUUCCGAAUUACAUUAUUGCGGACCCGAUGCACCUCUCCAAGGUUCUCAAAGAAAUCAUUGAUAACGCAGUGAAGUUCACGGAGCAAGGCCACGUGACAGUGCGGGUGUCCCUGCUGCCACAAGGAACAAGCUUGCAAGACACCCUUCAUCUCCAGGGACUUCCCACAGCCGCCCCUCACCCACCGACUUCCACUCUCACACGCUGGAAGGCUGCCUGGUCUUGCUCUGCAUGGGGUUCCCUGAAGGACGCUUUCGGGAGGUUGCCAGCAGCAGCAGCAAGUGUGACCAGCAACACCUUUUGUGGAUCAAGGGAGGGGAGUCCCGAGGAUGGGGAAGGGGAUCGGUCGGGUGUGCUGGUGGUGUCGUGUCGCGACUCGGGAUGCGGCCUGCCGCUGUCUCUGCUCGGAGAGUUGCACGAGGCAGGGAGAGGAUCCGGAGCAUCGCUUGGGCUCGUGCUCAUGCACCAGAUGGUGACUCUAAUGAAGGGAGAGAUUGCCUUUGCUUCCCAACCUGGCUGUGGGUCCACUGUGGCGUUUUCCGUGCCCGUGGCCGUUCCCUCAAUACAAGAACGCUGCUCGGAUGAGAAACCAGAAGUGUUAGAAUCGCAAGAGUUGCAGAGUCAGCAGCAGCAAGGGGAGGCGUCAUGGUUCUCGGCGGAUGAGGCGGUGACGCGGGCGUGGGUGGGGGGGCUGCGAGUGCUGGUGGUGGACGACACGCCCGUCAACCUCCUCGUGGCCCGCCGCUCCCUCGCCCGCUGGGGGGCGCUUGUGACUACUGCCUCCCGAGGGGAGGAGGCGGUAGAUUUGAUCACUGCUGGGCUGGUAGUUGGGAGAGGGGAGGAGGAGGCGAGAGGGGAGGAAGUGGGUGCAGUGGUUGGGAAUGGGGUGCUGGAAGCAAGAGGGGCGGUUGGUGAAUUAAUGAGAGCAGGAGCCGGGGGAGCUGGGGAGAUGGUUGAGAGUAAAGGCAAGGGGAUGGCGGUCGGGGAGUUGGUUGGAAGUAGAGGCAAGGGGAUGCUGGUAGGGAUGGCUGGGAGCAGUGCAGAAGCGGUAGCGGAUUGUAGAGAUGGUUAUGGGGCGAGGGGAGCAAGUGAAAGAGGAGGGGAUAUGAGAGGAGCAGAUGAUGGUGAAGGGAAUGAAAGAGAAAGAAAUGGAAGAGGAGGGAAUGAAGAAGGGGGUGUAUCAAUAUGUCAUGCGUUCGACUUGGUUCUCAUGGACCUGCAGAUGCCGGGCAUGGACGGUGCCGCUGCUGCUGUUGCUGCUGCUGCUGCGUCUUUGAGUGCUCAACCAGUCUCCCUGCGGGUGCCCAUAGUGGCUCUGACAGCAGAUGUGGAUCGCGGAGUGGUGCAGAGGUGUGCAGAGGGGGGGUUUGACGCUGACUGUGGGUCAAACCGCAAAGAGACACAACAGCUUUGCCUACAUUCAUGCUACUACUACUACUACUACUACUACUACUGCUACUACUACUACUACUACUACUACUACUACUACUACUACUACUACUACUACUACUACUACUACUACUACUACUACUACUACUACUACUACUACUACUACUACUACUACUACUACUACUACUACUACUACUACUACUACUACUACUACUACUACUACUACUACUACUACUACUACUACUACUACUACUACUACUACUACUACUACUACUACUACUACUACUACUACUACUACUACUACUACUACUACUACUACUACUACUACUACUACUACUACUACAUACUACUACUACUACUACUACUACUACUACUACUACUACUACUACUACUACUACUACUACUACUACUACUACUACUAUACUACUACUACUACUACUACUACUACUACUACUACCCCUACUACUACUACUACUACUACUACUACUACUACUACUACUACUACUACUACUACUACUACUACUACUACUACUACUACUACUACUACUACUACUACUACUACUACUACUACUACUACUACUACUACUACUACUACUACUACUACUACUACUACUACUACUACUACUACUACUACUACUACUACUACUACUACUACUACUACUACUACUACUACUACUACUACUACUACUACUACUACUACUACUACUACUACUACUACUACUACUACUACUACUACUACUACUACUACUACUACUACUACUACUACUACUACUACUACUACUACUACUACUACUACUACUACUACUACUACUACUACUACUACUACUACUACUACUACUACUACUACUACUACUACUACUACUACUACUACUACUACUACUACUACUACUACUACUACUACUACUACUACUACUACUACUACUACUACUACUACUACUACUACUACUACUACUACUACUACUACUACUACUACUACUACUACUACUACUACUACUACUACUACUACUACUACUACUACUACUACUACUACUACUACUACUACUACUACUACUACUACUACUACUACUACUACUACUACUACUACUACUACUACUACUACUACUACUACUACUACUACUACUACUAA